AUCGCGAUCUGAUACUCUCUCGUUGUGACCAACGUCCCACCACAUCGGUCUAGCAUCUCGGAUACACCAUGCCCAGACUUGUGACUUUUGGGAGAAAUAUCGCUCCGCUGAGGGUGCUUUCCCGCCCAUCCAUAGCUCAGCGACGGCAUGCUUCCAACUUCGCCGAGUACGAUUGGGAGGUAGGCCUGGUCCUCCACGGCACGCGCUGAUCUGCAGGAUCCGCUGAAUAUGAAGUCAUUACUGACAGAGGAGGAGUUGGCCAUACAUGAGACAGCCAAAGAUUAUUGCCAGUCAAAGCUGCUUCCUCGCGUGAUUGAGGCAUACAGAACCGAAAACUUUGACCCCAACAUCUUGCGUGAGAUGGGAGAGCUGGGUCUCUUAGGCGCCACCAUCCAAGGCUAUGGCUGCGCAGGCGUCAGCAGUGUUGCCUACGGUCUGAUCGCGCGAGAAGUAGAGAGGGUCGACUCUGGUUAUCGGUCAGCCAUGAGUGUGCAGUCGUCUUUGGUCAUGCACCCCAUCAAUGCUUUUGGCAGCGAGGAGCAGAAGGAGAAGUAUCUACCAAAGCUGGCUACCGGCCAGCUCAUCGGUUGCUUUGGUUUGACUGAGCCAAAUCAUGGCUCAGAUCCCUCGUCCAUGGAAACUACUGCCACCAAGACAGCUGAUGGCUGGACUUUGAACGGUAGCAAGACUUGGAUAUCUAACGCGCCUGUCGCGGAUCUCUUCGUCAUCUGGGCUCGAGAAGUCAUCGACGGUCAAAAGGGCAAAGUUCGAGGAUUCUUGGCCGAGAAGGGCACACCUGGUCUUUCAGCGCCAGCCAUCAAGAACAAGCUUGCCCUUCGUGCUUCCAUCACCGGCUCUGUCUUCAUGGAAGAUGUCAAGCUACCAGCAGAUGCUCUUCUUCCGAAGAGCGGCGGGCUUGGCUCUCCCUUCUCCUGUCUGAACAAUGCUCGUUAUGGUAUAUCAUGGGGAGUUAUGGGAGCUCUGGAAGACUGCAUAGCUAGGUCGCGUGACUACGCUUUGGAGCGAAAACAAUUCGGCAAACCCAUCGCAUCUUUCCAGCUGGUACAGAAGAAGCUCGCAGACGCUUUGACAGCGACGACAGUCGGUCUUCUGGGAUCUCUCCAGCUUGGUCGGCUGAAAGACUCGGGGAAAUGGGCUCCGGAUAUGGUCAGUAUGAUGAAGCGUAACAACACGUCCAUGGCUUUGCAACACUCUCGAAUCUUGUUGGACAUCCUAGGAGGCAACGCUUGUGCCGAUGAGUACCACUUGGGUCGACAUGUUGCCAAUCUUCAAGUCACUGCUACCUACGAAGGCACCCAUGAUAUCCACACUCUUAUUCUCGGCAAAUCCAUUACGGGCAUUGCGGCAUUCUCAUAGUGUUUCCUAUGCAUCUGGCAGUUGGAUCGUGCCUCGAGGCAGACCCCAGUGCACAAAAAA